CAUUUCUGCCAUUGCAACAUCCAGCCACUAUUUAACCCCCACCCAAAUCCUCCCAUUAGCAAGUGCUUCAGUCUUUGAGACUUUGACCCACAGCUUACUGUACUGUUAGAGAAAUACUUGGGGAGCCCAAAAUCCCAGAAAGAUUGAAAGGAGGAAAAAGAGUAAAGGAGGAGUCUUUUUCUUAGAACUAUUAUAUAUUUCUUCAUCGAUUCGAUUCUGAGUAAAUUUGAUCUUUCUAUUGAUUUCUUGGUGAAUUCUUGCAGUUUUUCCAAAAUGGUACAUGGGAAGUCCCCGGAUGAGCUUCCUCCCGGCUGGAAGGAGCAUGUCAAGGUAUCAAACGGGAGAAAGAUCAAGUAUUACACUGAUGAUGUAACUGGGCUUAAGUUUUACUCCAAAAAACGUGUCAUUAACUUUGUUCAGACAAAGGAUGCUUGUCAAGGCACACCUCACUCAGUGAGUGACCAUGACCUGAAAAGCAGUUGUUCCAAAACUGAAGCUAGUCCAUCCCAGGUUGUAGUGGAGAAAAACUCUAGCCUAGAAUGGUUGCCCCAAGGAUGGAUCAUUGAGUCCAGAUAUCGAAAAAGUGGUGCAACUGCUGGAUCAGUUUACAAGACUUAUGUUGACCCAUUGACUGGAUCCAAAUUCUAUUCGAAGCCCCAGGUAAUGCAAUAUCUGGAAAGCGUAAAUUUCAAUGCCUCACCAGAAAAACAACAGAAAGAAGUUAGAGGGGACAACUCAUCAAAGCAAGAUGCUCCUCAACAUUGUGAAUCCAUGAGCAAGAGCUUUAUCUCUGGAAAGGACGACAAUGGCAUGGGCAAGCCCUUUGUUGAGAAUGUUUGUUGUGAAAUCAUCGGGGACAACUCUUCGAAGCAGGAUUCACCUAAACAAAGUAAAUUCACGACAGGCAAGGAUCACAUAUCUGGAAAGGAAGGGAAUGGCAUUGGCAAGCCCUCUUUGGAGAUUGUUUAUGAUAUUUGUUUUCAGGAAGUUAGCGGGGACAACUCUUUCAAGCAAGAUGCACCUCAACAUUGUGAAUCCACAAAGGGCAAAAGUCACAUAUCUGAAAAGGAAGAGAACAGAAUGGACAAGCCCUUUUUGGAAAUUGUACAUUCAGCUGUGGAUGAGAGCAAGGUCCUGGAUGAGCUUCCGCCUGGAUGGAUAAAAGAAAUUAGAGCCAGAAAACAAGGCACGAGAAAGGACCCGUACUAUAUAGACCCCGUGAGUGGAUACGAGUUUCGCUCAAAAAAGGAUGCUUUGCGCUAUCUGGAGUUUGGAGACAUUAGUCGCUGUGCAAUCACACCAAAGAAAAGGGACAGAAAUGAUCUGAAACUGGUUGAGCACGAAGUCUUUGCUCAACCUGAUGGGAAGAAACUGGGACAAGCACUAGGUGGAGGACAACUUUUUGGUGGUCAGAAGGCAGAGAAUGAUGGAAGCUUUCUUAGAAGCAUUGCAGCAGCUCCAGAAGCUGAGAGAUCACAGGAAACUAAUGCUGAUAAUAAAUCUACUGAUGCCAAGAUCUCAACUUCAAAAGUUGAUGCAGUUCAAGAAAUGCAGUUAUGCUCUAAAGAAAUUAAGUGUGAUAGAGCAUGGGAAAACCCUCAGCCAAAAUCUGAAUGCUCUAAACUAGAAAUGAAGGCUGUUCAUGACAUUGGAGCUGUUUCCAGCAUUACAACGGCUGUCUCACAUGAACAGAAGAAGCCAGAGAUUGAGAGUUCAAGGGAAACUCCAAGUAAUGAUAGAUAUGCUGAUACUAACAUCACUACGUCGACAGUUGAUGCAGUUGUCCUUCAAAUAUGCUCAGAGCUAAAUAAUUGCGAUAGAUCAGCAGGUAGGUCUCAUCCAAUAGUUGAAGGUUCUAACCUAGAUCUGGAGGUUGAUGUUAAUGGAGCUGUAUCCAGUAUUGCAACUGCUCUCUUGCAUGAGCAGAAACAUCCACAGGAGUAUUUAGACACAGGGACACAGAUUCAACCCAAAAAAUCUAAGAAAAGAAAAGCUCUGAGCAUGCCUCCUCGGUCCUCAAAAAGGCUAUCAGGACAAGAACCUGAGAUACUGCCCAACAUGGGUUUAAGUGAGCGAGCUCUUCGAGCUGCUGUUAGAAAGCCUGGUCAAACAGAAACAAACAACAGCAGCUCUGUUCAAACAGUAACAUAUGUAUCGUCAAGCUUGACUCAGAAUUCUGAAGCUAAUGGAGGGCAACAGCAUAUUGAUACCCAACUACAGAGAGAGAUCAUUGCAGAUCUCACAUCUUGUAAAGUAGCUUUGCUAGAAACAGAGAUGCAAAACAACAUUGAAAAGCCCUUGCAGGAACAGGCUGUACAAGAGCAAGUAGUGGGCCAGGUAAACGAGGCACAAGAGGAAGAAAACCAAAGAUCACAAGAUUCGCAGUUCUGGUACCCUUUUGGAGACUCUUUUUCUGAUCCAUGCUAUGAAUUUGCUUUCAAGACCCUAACAGGUGAAAUACCAUUGGAGGAUACUCUAGCAUUUCCGGGCUGCUUCCAACAACAAAUUGAGACAUCUUUUACUGAGGGGAAUGCUAAUUUUGGACUGUCUGAGAUUGAUAAACCCGCCUUGUUCCAGAAUGAUGUGCCUUCUCAUUUUGACUCUGUCCAGCAAAAUGCAGCCGUGGAGCAGGUGCAACCCAAAUUAAUUACCCCACCUGGAAACAUAAAUUUACCAAGUUGCAGCAGUUUUGGUUCUCAACAACCCAGCUUGGAGGCCAGGAGUAAGGACUAUGAGACAAAGGUUAAUUCUUGAAUUCUGCUGCUUUCUUUUGGGUAACGAUACUCUGCCUUACGUAGGCAUAAACGCAAAUGACUGUGAAAAAACAAAUUUUUGAGUUAUUACUUUGUGUCUUCAAGUUUUCAAUCUUUUGUACCGUAUUAUUAAUCCUCAGUGCUCUCAUAGGCAGUUAGCUUAGAUGUAUCAGGCAUUGUAAUAGUUGAUACAGCUGUUUACCUUUUAAGGUAAAAGGGUGUGAAAAUUCAAAAUUGAAUCCACAUUUCUUCUGAUUCUUUUCUGGUU